AUGAAAGACUGCACCAACACAUUUUACUCACCCAGCAUCAACAAAUAUCAAGAUGAGGACCGAAAGCAUCGAAGCUUGACCCCCUCGAGUUCGUCUUCGCCCAAACCAAGCCCCAUGACACCACGAAUAGUCUCCAGCGAAUUCAUUACUAAUCCACCUCAAACAGAUGCCAUGGUGUUUGAAGUGUCUCCUACUUCAUCACCACCUUCCAAACGAAGACGAGUCCGCUUUGAUGCCAGCGUCCACGUUCAGUAUGCCGAGGAAGCUGUGCCAGACAAGGUAGCCGCUAGUGCUGAAAAAACUGACAUUUGGUACUCCCGCAAAGAAAUCGCGACUUGCCGGGACGAAGUUGUGGCUAUGCUUAAGCAACGAAAGAGGGAAGGGGUAACCUUGGGAGGUACUCCUUCUUCUUCUGAAUCCGUCUUUCAUUCAUCAACUCGCAAGGCUGCGGAGGGGCAUGACAUAAGUUUUCGGGGGGUUGAAGACUUACUAUCCAAGAGAGCCUUUCAAGACCGAAGAAAGCGCAAGCGCGUCGUCGUCGAAAAGGUCUUGAACGAACAGGCCCGUCAAGCGGCCCUCAAGAUUGUGGAUCCAGAUGGCUUGGGGAUGAAAAGCCAGCUGGCCAGCAAACAAUCGAGGGAUUUGGCACUCAAUCGGGGAUCCAGAGAUGCCAUGAUGGCCUACAUUUACUGA